CUCAUAGUUAAGUUUACAAUCUUACUGUAUAUGGGCAAAACAAAGACAGAAUGAGGACGGCUCAACUUUUACUCUUCUGUCUGCUGGUGUGUCAAACUACACAGAGGUUAAUUGAUAAACCGGUGAAUUUAGGGGAAAAUGUGAUUUUAGACUGUCUGAUUGAUGUAAAAGACAUUUAUUGGGUUUUCCAGAAACUGACAGACUCUCCGCUGCUGAUACUGCGAACUUUCUCAUCAGAAUCGACAUUAUCUUAUCUACAAGACCAAAGACUGAAAGACAAAUAUUCAUCACUUAAUUUGAGCCGUUUAUUUAUUAUUAAUAUAACUAUUCAUGAAUUAGGAAUAUAUUAUUGUGCAAAACCUGCUACAACUCUACAGAUCAGCGAUGGCACCAGACUAUAUAUCAAUGAAGAAGCUGCUCGAGAACAAAAUCAAACAGAACUGAGAAAUAACUUGCAAUAUCAGAAUACACAGCAAUCUCUCAUAGUUUUGUGCUUCAUACCAAUCAUUGUGAUGUUUUUGGCAAUAAUAGGUCUAUUCCAGAUAAAACUCCAAGCGUUUAAAAAAAGACACCAACAAUAUCAAGAUGAAGAACUGGAGUAUCUUUACAGCACAAAUGAUGAACAGUUUUCUGAAGUGGAGUUUCACCCGAACAACAACACUUUUGUUCCUUUUCAAAAGCCAAAGACAAAACCUAGAUAAAUAUAAUCAAGAUUAUGUCAUAUUGUCUAAUAGUGGUAUGAAUAUUGCACUAAUUAAUUCAUAUAAUAUUGUUAGCUGAUAUUUGUUAUCUAAACAUGUAUGUAAUACAAAAUUUGAAAUGUUUUCAGCAUGAAUUUAUUUGCUUUUGUUUUGAUAAUUAAGUCUUGUAGAUAAAAUCUGUCAAUCUUAAUUCUGUAUGUUUAUUUUGAGUGGCUUCAUUCUUUGACUUGGGGCUUUUAUAAUAAUGUAAAUAAUAAUGUAAAAUUAAGAUUUUUUUUUAUGUUUUUGAAGGAAAAUAAAUGAUAUGAACUACUAUAAUCUCAAUUAACUGUUUUAUAUGAGAAUAUAUGACUGGACUGGUUGCUUGUUUAUAUUGUAAGAUAAAUAUAAAUGCUUAUUUAUUUGCUCUAGAUUUGUUUAUGUGUGAUCCAAAUCCGAAUUGUAAGUUAAUGUUUUAAGGGUUUAUUUCAAUAUAUAUUACAAUGUCAAUAAACAGGCCUACUG